UGGGCAGCUCAUUUGAAUGACAAUCAUUCCACUGGCAUUGCAUUUCAUCAGCCUUCAUAUAAAAGUGGAGUGGCAGCAAGGCAGCCUGAAUGAAGGAUUUUGAUGUGAUGAAAGUGACUAAGUGACCAUGGAGCGCACAGGGAAGAUUUUCUUCUACGAGGACAAGAACUACCAGGGCCGCUACUUUGAAUGCAGCAGUGACUGUCCUGAGCUCAGCUCCCACCUGAGCCGCUGCAACUCCAUCCGGGUGGAAGGCGGCACUUGGGUCCUCUACGAAAGGCCCCAGUACAUGGGCUACCAGUAUGUGCUGGUGCAGGGCGAGUACCCCAACUACCAGAGCUGGAACGGCUUCAAUGACACCAUCCGCUCCUGUCGCCUGAUCAGACACCCUCCAAGCAGGCACAGGAUUCGCAUCUACGAACGUCCAGACUUUGACGGCCAGAUGAUGGAAUUCAGCGACGACCAGCCGAACCUGCAGGACCGCUGGCGCUACCGGGACGUUCACUCGGCUCAUGUUCAAGAUGGCAUUUGGGUCUUCUACGAGCAGCCCAACUACAGGGGGCGCCAGUACCUGCUGGAGAAGGGCGAAUACAGGCGGCAUGCCGAGUGGGGGGCCCUUCAUCCCACUGUGGGCUCCAUGAGGCGCGUUGCAGACUAUUAGCCCACCGCCACCUCCCUCCCCCAACCUGAUCCUCCCCUGCAAUAAAUGCACAAGCUUGA